AAUCCAGUCGAAGAAGAAGAAGAAAGAAGGCGGACUGUACUGCAGACAGAGCAGGGACAUAUUUCUCAAACUAGCUAGCUGAACUGAAAAAUCCUAAAUGGAUCUAACGGAACAGAUCAACCAGUUGGAGGCAGAUUUGCAGGAGCUGGGGUCACUCUUGGAGAAAGCGGAGAGGAAAAGAGUGCAGGAGCUGCUCAAGCAGGAGCAGAAUAAGGUGGAGAAGGAGCUUGCAGUCAAGCGACAACAGAAGGAGAAACAAGCCAAGAGAGAUGCAGACCCAUCUGCUGCCUCCAAAGCAGCGUACACAGUCAAGAUCACCAACUAUGCUUGGGACCAGUCUGAGAAAUUCAUCAAAAUUUACCUUACACUGAAGGAUGUGCACAAAAUUCCGUCAGAAAACGUGGAGGUCAACUUUACAGAAAAGUCAUUUUCUGUGCUCAUAAAGGAUCUCAAUGAGAAAAACCAUCAGAUGUCAAUUCUGAACAUGUUGUAUCCGAUUGAUGAAAAGGAAAGCUACAAAAAGAUAAAGACAGACAUGGUCCUGGUCAUGUGCAAGAAGAAGUCAACAAAGAAAUGGGAGUGCCUAACAACGCUGGAAAAGCAGUCUAAAGAUAAAGAUAAACCCAGCAUGGAUGAGAACGCAGACCCGAGCGAUGGCCUGAUGAGCAUGCUGAAGAAGAUUUACUCAGAGGGAGACGACGAGAUGAAGAGAACCAUCAACAAAGCCUGGUCAGAGUCCCAAGAGAAGAAGAUUCGAGGAGAGGACAUGAUGGACUUCUGAACUGCACUCGCAGCGUGUCCACAGCAGGACCAAGUGAGAGCUGCCAGGGAUGCACCUGACAUGACUUGAAUAUUAAAUAUCAUAGGGUGAAACUCCAAUAGAAAUCAUAUUUACACGAAAUCUAUCAAAGUCAGUGUAAAGCUCAUCAAAAAAAAGUUUUGGGAUUAAUGUCUGAGCCCUGGAUGGCCUCAUUUUGGCCCUGCUUUGAAAAUCAAGCUAACGCUGUCCUGAUAGUCAUGGGACACAAUGCAGAAACCUCUCAAUGAAAAUACCUGUAAAACAUAAAGGCAGUGUCCAGCAGAUGGCGACCUUAACACAGCAGUCAGAUUUAAAGGGGUAAAUGACCACAAUGCAGUUGUUUUUCUUGAUUAGUGUUAAUAAUUCAUUGUUACAGUUGGACCAGGGCACUUUAAACAUGUGAGAAAUGUUCUGUAAAGUCACAUCUUAAUAUUGUUUCUGCAGAAUAAGAUGUUUCCAAGUGUACAUUUGCCAAAAUCACACUCAUAUUCCUUUAAACAAAGACAACCAGAGGACAUUUUUUACGUCUUCAUAUCAGCCUUUUAUUUAUCAUUCCAUAAAUAGCUCAAAUAACAGCUGCAGCGCCGUUACAGCUCAUGCAUCUGUCCGAUGUAAUAGAUACAUUACUGCAUAGGUCUGUGUUUGACAUGAAAUGUAUUUGACCCAUUCCUGUUGCAUAGCGUAAUGCUCUAAAACAUUCUUUAAUUCCUGAAUGUGACUUCCAUUGUCAUAGCUUUGACAGUUUCCCACUAUAAUUCCUACUUACAGUAGCACUAUCUAAAAUUGUAUGUUUUAUUAUGAUUAUUUGCUUUCGGGCUUUUGUCAUUCAUGUAUUGUUGCCUGCCCUCAGGGUGUUCAUGAAGGUCUUAUGAAUAUAAAUCUUGAUUUGAGUCUG